CGCCACGUCUGCGUCCGCCCGCUUCUCAGCCGUCCCCGGGCAUCUGCAGCGGAGGCCGCGGGACUCCCUAAAACCGCUGUCACCAAGGAGACCUGGAACUGUGGCAUAUGGUUUCCUAGGACGUCACUCUCCCACCUUUAAAGAGUAAAACCCUGCUCUAAAAACACAGCAGAAAAUGACCAAGUUCAAGGGACCUGUGACAUUGAGGGAUGUUACUGUGGAAUUCUCCAAGGCAGAAUGGAAACUACUGACCCCUGAUCAGAAAUCCCUUUACAAAAAUGUAAUGCUGGAGACCUACAGUAACCUGUUCUCUGUGGGUUAUCGUGUGGCUAAGCCAAGUGUGAUCUCCAAGUUGAAGAAAGGAAAAGAGCCAUGGCCAUUGGAAGAAUUUUUACGUCAGAGCCGUGGUGAUAAACGGCGGACCGCUCACGGCCCCAGAGCCAAACAGCAGGAGCAACAGGCUGGAAAUACAAGGAAAGGAGAACUCACAAAGGGUCAGAAAACUCCCGCCCAGCAUGAAAGCUACGACUGUAGUCAAUGUGGAAAGUCCUUCUGCCAGAAGUCUUCCCUCCUGGCGCACCAGGAAACACACACCAAGAAGUCCUAUAAAUGCGAGAAAUGCGGACAAGCUUUCUAUAAAGACGAAGAGCUCACAAUCCAUCAGAAAGUUCAUACCAGAGAUAAAACCUACCCAUGUAAAGAAUGUAACAAAAUUUUCUAUCACCUGUCGUCUCUCACUAGACAUCUGAGAAUCCAUGCUGGGGAGAAACCGUAUGAAUGUAGCCAGUGUGAGAAAUCGUUCUACCAGAAGCCACACCUCACAGAACACCAGAAAACACACACAGGGGAGAAACCUUUUGAGUGUAAGGAAUGUGGGAAGUUCUUCUAUGUGAAGGCAUACCUCCUGGUGCAUCAAAAGACACACACAGGGGAGAAACCUUUUCAGUGUAAGGAAUGUGGGAAUUUCUUUUCUCAAAAAUCACACCUCACAGUCCAUCAGAGAACACACACAGGGGAGAAACCCUAUAAGUGUAAGGAGUGUGGGAAACUCUUCUCUAGGAAUUCACACCUCAAAACCCAUCAGAGAACGCACACCGGGGAGAAACCCUAUAAGUGCAAGGAGUGCGGGAACUGCUUCUACCAGAAGUCAGCCCUCACUGUGCACCAGAGAACUCACACUGGGGAGAAACCUUUUGAAUGCAGUAAGUGUGGGAAGCACUUUUAUUAUAAAUCAGAUCUCACCAAACACGAGAGAAAGCACACAGGGGAGAGACCGUAUGAGUGUGCCGAGUGUGGCAAAUCUUUCUCUGUGAACUCAGUCCUCAGAUUACACGAAAGGACUCACACAGGGGAGAAGCCAUACGAGUGUGAGAUCUGUGGGAAGUCCUUCUCUCAGAAGUCACAUUUUGUCAUCCAUCAGAGAAAGCACACAGGAGAGAAGCCCUAUGAGUGCCAGGAGUGUGGGGAAGGCUUUAUCCAGAAGUCACAUCUCACGUCCCAUCAGAAGACACACUCUAAGAAGGGAAAAGCUAGCAAAUAGUGUUCAGAACCCCUGCAGGAAUUCACCCUUUGGCUGUAAUCCACACAGAAGGAGAACCUUCUAAGUAUGGAGGGAAAAAAAUCAGCCAUGUUUGUUUGUUUUUUUCCCUCAUAGAAUAAUCAGCAAAUGUGCAGAAAGAAAUUCUUCAGCGUUAUUAGGUAGACCUUUACAAUAGGGUCAACUUUCAGAAAUAUCAGGUGGCAGAAACUGUGCAAAUGACAAAAUGUGAAAGAAACUUUUCUUUUAGAAGUCACACUGAUGCCAUAUAGAAAUAACACAGGGCAGAAAUCCAGUAAAUGAAUUUCCAGAAGUUUCUAUCAUAGCAUCUAGCACUACACAUGCAGAGUCCACAGUGAGGAACUCCCCUGGGUAUCAGGCACUCAGAAGGCUCCUCACACAGUUGCACUCAUCUUAAGAAGAUGAAGGGGAUUUCAUGCAUAGAUUGCAACAAAUAAAGCGCCUUAUCGAGAACACGCCCAUCCUGGAAUGUUAACUGCAUGAAUUCUUUAGUUGUAUUUAUAUAGGUAUUUAAAUAUUUGAAAUAUCUUCAACAAAAUUUUAAAAGAGUUUACCCUGAAGGCGCAGCGGUCAAGGUUAUUUCUACUUCCUAAAAAAAAACCCAUACACUAUAAACAGAAACCAACUAAUAUCGUAUAUAUCAAAGGUAUUUAAAGAGCAAAACACAGGGUCU